CCACCCGUACAACCUCAGCUCCACCACCCUUUUCCCCUACCCUACUCCUACACACCCCCUACCUAUACCUUUCCCCCCUACUACUACUCCUUGCAGUAAGGGUUUCGCGAUUUUUGCUGCGCUACUCGAUGUUCUAUUUUGUGUUCAAUUGAUCACUCAUUUGCCUACGGUUUUCUGUUCUGUAUCAUACAUAUUUUGUGUUUAUUGGGCUUUUUUAUUUGUGGGUUUUGCUGUCUGUUAUUUGUAUGUUUUGGUUGAUGAGAAGCUUCAAUUUUGUUCAGAAGUUGGGGAAGUUUGGUUCUUCAAGUUGGAGAUAGGGACACUCUCGAAUCUUGAGAACUGGAGGGAGAUAAACUGUAAUGAUUGGUUUGUUUCGUGCAUGUGGUUCGUCAAUAUUCCCGGGAACUAGGCGUUUCACUACUACAAGCCCAUCUUGCAAAACUCUUUUUAAUUCACGGGGAGCAAGCUUGCAGCAUUCUAGUGCUAGGACAGUGAAGUUUGAAUUGUUGUUGACAAGGCUUCAGUGUCAGAGCUAUUCAUCAAAAAAGUUGGGGGGAGGUAGUUCCCGUAAGGGGAAACUCAAGUCUAAACCACUAAUGAAGGAUGAUAAGGAAGCCUUUUUUGUUCUUCGCAAGGGUGAUCUCGUUGGGGUUUACAAAAGCUUAAGUGAUUGUCAAGCUCAAGUUGGAACCUCGAUAUGCGACCCUCCUGUCAGUGCAUACAAAGGUUAUAACAUGCCCAAAGACACUGAGAAGCAUCUCAUGUCUUGUGGGCUUAAGAAUGCUCUUUACUCCAUUAGAGCUUCUGAUCUUACUGAAGAACUCUUUGGCACUCUUAUACCGUUGCCUUCCUCUUAUAGAGGUGAAACAUCUAGUGAACCUGUGUCAAAGAAGAGGCCACAGGAACCUAUGUGGUCAGAAUAUGGGGAGGCUGUUGGACCCAUCUUGACUGCAAGUGAUGCGUUAACAAAGCAUUUUAAGUUAGACCCUUAUCGAGUUGACCAGAAUCAAUCAGUUUGUCGGUCUUGUACUAUCGAGUUUGAUGGUGCUUCAAAGGGAAACCCUGGUCAAGCAGGGGCUGGAGCUGUACUGCGAUCUGACGAUGGAAACUUGAUUUGCAGGCUACGUGAAGGCUUAGGUGUUGCCACCAAUAACUUUGCUGAAUAUCGUGGCUUUAUACUUGGGUUAAGAUAUGCACUCACAAAAGGUUUUACAAGUGUUCGAGUUCGAGGUGACUCCAAACUUGUUUGCAUGCAGAUUCAGGGAUUAUGGAAGGUCAAAAACCAAAAUAUCUCUGGCUUGUUUGAUGAGGCUAAGAAAUUGAAGGACAGAUUUCUCUCGUUCCAGAUUAUUCACAUUUUAAGGGAUUUAAAUUCUGAGGCCGAUACUCUGGCUAACUUGGCUGUAGAUCUUGCUGAGGGACAGAUUCAGGAGGAGAUCGAUAAAUAACUUCGACUGACAAGAACCUUAGCUUCUUCUUCCUAACGCAAUUUUGCAUUUUUUGUUGGCAUUUUCUUAUUUUCUUGGAUUUAUUGGUUGCUCUGUAUCAUCUACUGUUGCAAUUUUGAACAGUUAAUAUGUUAAUUUGGAAUGUAGAGUAUCAGUGGCAAAGAGUUUUUAGUUUUCAUUUUUGUUGAACUAGCUAAGUCUGAUGUGGGGAUUAGUCUUUAUUCAACAUGGAUGCUUGUCAAAAUUUCUAUGUAAUUAUGAAAACGUUACCCACAAAA